ACACACAUAAAAAUAUAUUUGAUCUAACUUGACUUCACUAUGGGUUCAACAUCAACAUUUGUGAAUGUACCUGCUGAAACAAACCAAGAUGAGUCUUUCCUAUUUGCGAUGCAAUUAGCAUCUGCAUCAGUCUUACCAAUGGUCUUGAAAACUGCCAUUGAGCUCGAUCUUCUUGAGACCAUUGCGAAAGCUGGCCCUGAUGGUUCGCUCUCGUCUUCAGAGUUAGUGGCUCAGCUCAAUAAUGUUAACAACCCUGAGGCCCCCGUGAUGGUUGAUCGUAUUUGUAGCCUUUUGGCUAGCUAUUCUGUGUUGACUUGUACUCUUAAGGAGACUAGUGGUGGGUGUGUCGAACGGUUCUAUGGGUUAGCCCCGGUGUGCAAGUUUUUGACCAAGAAUGAAAGUGGUGUGUCAUUGGCACCCCUCUUGCUCAUGAACCAAGACAAAAUUCUCAUGGAAAGCUGGUACUAUUUAAAAGAUGCAGUAAUAGAUGGUGGAAUUCCAUUCAACAAAGCUUAUGGAAUGUCAGCUUUUGAGUACCAUGGAAAAGAUAAAAGAUUUAACAAGGUUUUCAACAAUGGAAUGUAUGGUCAUUCUACCAUGACCAUGAAAAAGAUUGUUGAUUUGUAUGAUGGUUUUAACGGUCUUACUUCCCUAGUUGAUGUUGGUGGUGGCAUUGGUGCUAGUCUUAACAUGAUCAUCUCUAAACAUACUUCACUUAAGGGUAUAAAUUUUGAUUUGCCCCAUGUUAUUGCAGAUGCCUCAACUUACCCAGGUAUUGAGCACGUUGGAGGCGAUAUGUUUGAAAGCGUACCAAAAGCAGAUGCCAUUUUUAUGAAGUGGAUUCUUCAUGACUGGAGUGACGCGCACUGCUUGAAGCUUCUCAAGAACUGCUACAAAGCACUUCCGGAUAAUGGGAAAGUUAUUGUGGCUGAAUGCAUACUUCCAGAGGCACCCGACUCCACUACAGCGACCCGAAAUGUGAUCCACAUUGAUGUGAUUAUGUUGGCUCAUAACCCUGGAGGCAAAGAGAGAACCGAGAAAGAAUUUGAGGCUUUAGCCAAAGGGGCAGGAUUUAAAGGUUUCCGCAAGGCGGCUUGUGCUUUGAAUACUUGGGUUAUGGAAUUUAGCAAAUAGAUUUACAUGAUUCCAUCCAAUUGAAAUUAUCAACCUUUGUUUGUGAAUGAGGAGUCAAUUUACUUUGAUUUAAUGCAUAAUUCAGUAUGAAGUUUCUUGGCUAGUUUUAA